AAAUUUCGAUGAAUGAUUUUCGUCGUUUUUAUCGAUAUAUUGUACUCUUCCUCUCGAUAUAAUCCCUAAUUAGACCUCCACAAAUCAGGUAUUUGUGUACAGGUCAGUGCCAGCACUUUUGAGACUUCUCUUUUCCAGUAGCUGCGACAUGCAAAUGUGCAGCUUUAGUUUUAGUUCUUGGUUAUCAUUUGAACGGGGUAGUCGCAUUCUGGGCUUAGAUCAUAAUGGGGAGCCCUUUUUUUAAUGGCACUACCUUCCUAUACGGAUUUUGCAGUCUUGUUUAUAUUGUGUUUUUAACAUUUGCGAUAUUAACAAUAGUCAUGUGUUGAGAAUAACGUAAUUUGUUAAUGUCCUUGUUAUUAUCUCCAAUGCCAAACAUUUAUUUCGGAUAAUUUAUUUUACGUGGGCUUAAGUUGUGGUUGAUAAAAUGAAGCAUAUGGUUGGCUCUUAUCCGCCAAAGAAGGAGAUUCAAUUCUAUUUGACGCCCGCCGAGGAGGCGCCCUCUGGCACAUUCUCCCGCGGCACCUACUCGGUCAGUUCGGUCUUUACGGAUGACGA